AAGUACGACAUGCAGUUACUGUGAUAAGAUGAAUGGCAUCAGAACGUCUUUAUUUAGGAAGGCUCAAGGAGUCGCUCAGUUUAAGGAAGGGUUCAGCCUCCUGCCACGUCGCGCGACUUCCUCGGAUGAACAGACCUCAGCUCUGAAAGAGGUUCCAAGAAACUUUGCCAGAACAAAAAGCAGACGAAAAAAAUAACUAUGAUGCGCCACAGUAGCGAUUCCCUUCUACAGUGACUAUGCGGACCGCGUAUAAUCUUAAACAAUGUACAUUUUGAUUCAGUCAGUUUUCUAUCGGGAUAAAACAUCUGGUCUGAGGGAUGUUAAUCGGUCUGAGGUGAGAAGGCGGGCUAGCGGUAGCUACGUGUAGUCGUCUAAAUGAGUGUUUAAACGGUGGAAGCAUUGCCAGCCUCUUUUUCCCACUUCUGUUUUAAAAAUAACGGGUUGGUCUUGCAGAUGUUAUUCUGUCGAUUUGACAGUGGCUUCAGAAAACUUUAAAGCAAUACAUAAAUCCCGCAGGCUUCGAGUUUCGUGCGGACAGAGCUGCAGUCAGAGACAUCAGCUGCAGGUUAUUUAUAGCUAAUUAGAAACGCACUCAAGCGAUCCGCUCUAAUGAAAUCAAUAGCGCCGACACGGGAGUUGUCAUGGUGACAGUGUCCUGAAUCAAGCAUAGGACGACUAGACAACUAGAGGAACUUUAAACCUAGCAGUUCCCAUUUGCUAUGUUUAUGUUUUGGAAAUAGAUUAUAUUCCACAGACUGGUUGCGUAUUUGAUGAGCCAGCAUCUGUUAAAAAAAUGGGUUGUUCUGUCCUGGUGCUCACUAUCAUUGCAUCCACUCUUGGUGGCCUAGUGUUCGGCUAUGAGCUUGGAAUAAUAUCCGGCGCUCUGCCGCAGCUUCAAGCUCAGUUCCAUCUGGGUUGUGUCCAGCAGGAAGCCAUGGUUAGCGCUCUACUGAUCGGAUCAUUGUCAGCAUCUGUGAUUGGUGGCUGGCUGAUUGAUCGUCAUGGCAGGAGGACAUCCAUUUUACUGAGUAACCUCCUCAUUUUAGGAGGCACCAUCAUCCUAACUACAAGCAUAUCUUUUUUGGCAUUGGUGGUUGGGAGGGCCAUCAUUGGCUUUGCAAUGAGCAUUUCUUCCAUGAGCUGCUGCAUCUUUGUCUCUGAGAUGGUUGCUCCCGAACGCAGAGGGUUGAUGGUUACCCUGUACGAAGUUGGAAUUACAGUUGGGAUCUUGUUGGCCUAUGCGGCCAACUACGUUUUAUCUGGUGUCCAAGCAGGAUGGAGGUACAUGUUUGGACUUGCUAUUAUACCAUCUCUCAUGCAGUUGGUGUCCAUUAGGUUUUUACCUCAGACAACCGGUACCUCUGAAGGCCUCGUAACAGAGAACGAUAGCCAGCAAUCUGAUAGAUUAGCAGGGGAAAUGUCGAAUCAGCACCCAACAGAACAAGUUAAAUAUAGUGUGUUUGACCUUUUCAAAACCAAAGACAACAUGUUGAGAAGAACCGCCAUUGGUCUUGGGCUGGUGCUCAGUCAACAAUUCACAGGUCAGCCAAAUGUCCUCUUCUACGCUUCCACCAUCCUUUUCUCUGUGGGAUUUCAGAGCAACGCGUCUGCAGUUCUUGCGUCAGUGGGUCUGGGUAUAGUCAAAGUCAUUGCUACUCUGUUGGCAAUGAUAUGUUCAGACAAGGUUGGUCGAAGAUCACUCUUGAUUGGUGGAUGCACAGUGCUGGCUAUAGGAUUGAUACUUACUGGUUUCUUGUGCAGACAGUCAGUGAUUGAUACAACAAAACAAUGCACUUCAUUAGAACCACAUUCAAAUUUGACCUCACCGGCUGAAAAUCAAGAAAACAUGGGCAACAUCUUGGUCAAUCAAAGCACUCCAUCUACUGGGCGUGAAACACAUGAUUCAAAUAUUUCUUCACACUCAGAGGACAUGUAUAAGUGGAUUAUUUUUAUCUGUAUGAUGACAGUUGUGAGUGCCUUCUCAGUCAGCUUUGGACCAAUGACAUGGCUUGUGCUAAGUGAGAUAUUUCCAAAGGAAGUCAGGGGAAGAGCCUAUUCAUUCAUCAACUGCUUCAACGUGGGGGCCAACCUCAUAGUUACCUUUUCUUUCUUGAGUAUAACAGAUGUGAUAGGCCUAUCGGGAAUAUUCUUUGUGUAUGGAGUUAUCGGAAUGGCAGCAGUUGUGUUCAUCUACCAUAAUAUGGUAAAAGUAUGA